AUGACCGGUACAACAGGAAGAGCACACCCAAUCAACACAAUCAAUAGAAAUAAAGAUUAUGGCAGAACCUGCAAAAAAGAAUGCCAUGUCAUAAGUCAAGUAUUAGAGAGGACCGUUAGUAGUAGACCAAGCACCCCUAUACAACCAAUGACAGCACCUGGCACAACAACUAGAUGUAAUGUGAAGAUAAGAAACAAACCAGUCGUAGCAGUAUUAAACUCUGAAACUGCAGUGAGCAUUAUGUCAAAAAAAUUGCUUACCAAGCUCGGACUACAGAUUUUGGAACCAUCUAACGCUGUUAUCAUCACCGCGAAUGGAACACAGGAAAGAGCUUUAGGAAAGUUGAAGGACAUAGUUAUAGAAUCUAUGGAAGAAAUGAUGUUAUUAGGAAUGAGUUGGUUUAAGAAGUUAUGCACGCACCUAUAUUUCGACAAACAAAAAUUAAUCAUUAAUUAUAAAGGAGAAAGCAUAGAGCUACCUAUUCAUCAAGAAAAAGAAGUGAAAAUAGAGGAACCGGAGGAGAAGGAAGAGGAUUAUAAGGAAGAUGAUUAUUUCGACACAUACGAGGAAGAAGAUCUAGAUAAAGUAGAAAGUUACUUGACUGACAAUCAGGAGGACUUAUAUACCAACCCAUGA